AUGUCGCUGCUCAUCGUCUCACUGGCUUGGGGAGCUUUGUUAGAUGCGGAAGAAACUACAUCGUUGCUACUCCGCCAGGAGAGUAGUGUGCGUCAGUUCUUGCUCUGUCUUGCCGAAAAGACAGGGUCAGACAACGUACAUGCGCUCAUUCUUGGCAGUAUUUCGACUGCAGCCUCCCUGAAUCUCCAUCUUGAACCUGUUCUACACAAAUUCUGUGUUAGCGACGAACAAGCUGUUCAGACCAAACGAGCUAUCUGGCUACUCUACUGUAUUGAUAAGUCUCAUGCAUUGAGAUGGCAAACCUUCUCUAUAGUUAGUGACGGUUCCCUUCCGACUAAGAACCCACCCGACAAUGUUCUUCAAAGUGAUUCUGCACCCUCUUCAGAAUGGUUGCAGAUUCGGUCUCAGUACGCCAAAAUCUGUUCGAAAAUCCUGCAGCUCCGCGUAGGCAGAGAGAAAGAGCCAUCUGAAGAUCUUUCCCACAACGCUGUGACGCUGUCAACGGCGCUGGAGAAAUGGUAUAAAGCAAGUGGAAUUAGCCAAAUGACGCCCUCACUAGACUAUAGUGACUUCAUGCGCGCCAAGCUCCAGAUAUCCUACUAUUACCACGAGGCCCAGUUUCAAUUACUAAGUAUAAGCCUGCUCUAUCCACAACCCUCUUCUCCAAUAGGGUCUCAGGAGUCUAGAGAUCGGGAACUACUCAAACGAUCGAUACGGGAAAUACUCACGGUUUCCAACACUGUCCCUUCCGAUUAUCUGCUCCAAGACUGCAAUCAUCUAUUCAUUAACACGCUCGCUUUGUGCAUGCUCGCGCUGAAUAUCCUCCAGGACCCGAGCCAGAACUGCGGGAAAGAAAACCGAGCGUUACUUAGCAUCAUCGCUGGUUUCUUUGCUAGGGUGGAGAUCAUGUUGCCGGAAAGUUCCAUCUUCGAGGAGGUGUCUAACUUGAUCGAGAUCCUUACAUACCGUUGA